AUGGCCCAGCAGCAGAUGCGGAGAAAACAGCCAAGGCCCGGGCGGCGUGUGGGCCUGGUGCAAGUGGUAGUAGCUGUGGCGGUGGGAUUGGCGUGCUGUGCGGUGCGUGUGAGCGGAGAGCUCAAGCAACAGCUCUCGGUGCUGGGGCCGUUCGACAAGCACGACCACAAGGGGGCGAGGAUCAUCCCUUACUUCGAGAAAACCGGUGCCACCAACAUCAUGCAGUCCUUCGUCAGGCUGACCCCGGAUAAGCCGCAAGAGUUAGGGACGCUAUGGUCGAGGUCAACCAUUGCGACGUCAGAUUUCUCCCUGGAGUGGAAAUUCCGAAUCAGCGGGACUGAGAAGGUCAAGUACGGGGACACCAUCGCUCUGGUCAUCGCACCGAUGAAGUACAAGGCGGGGCAAGACGGGCGUUUCUUCGGGAUCGACGAGAAGUUUACGGGCCUGGUUGUCGUAGCCAACACCAACCGGCAGCUGCUCAACAGGGACAAACUGCCUGGGGAGCCCAUGGGCCGGCACCGGGACGUGUCCGUGAUCGCCAACAACGGCACCCGGAACUACGGCAACCUGAUCGAUUCUUUGGAGGGGUGCACGGCUAACGUCAGGUUCGAUGAGACUAGGGACGACUUCAACGUCAUGCAGUCCACCCGUGUCCGGCUGAAGGUAGAGGGGAACACGGUUGCGAUGGAGGUAGACGCUAGAAACGCGGGGCGGUGGCGACGUUGCUCGACGAUAGCGCACCUCGACAUGCCGGCCGACUGGGCGUCCAAGUCGAACGUGGGUAUCAUCGCCAAGACUUCCGAGAAAACGAACAACCACGACCUGCUCAGUCUUCGGGUGUACACCAAUCCAAACGAUGCGUGGGAGGUGGAUACCUAUGAGGACGAUGAGGACGAGAUGGACAGCCUCAUGCACCACAUGGAACACGAGUUAUUCAACGUGCACGACAGCCUGCGGGAGACAAUCGAUACGCUGGCUCAGGCGGAGCGGGACGCGGAGACUCGCCUUCUACUGCUCGAGGAAAACCUGAGCAACUCCGUGAUGCAGGCUUUGGAGUCGAGGGUAGCGAAGCUGGAGGUACAGAUGCAAACCAGCGUGUCUAGAACCCUCAACAAGCACGUCAACCAGGUAUACGACAGGCUUGAGGAGGACGUCGGCGCUAAGCUGACGGAGCACGUGGGGAAGAUGUCGGCUUCCUGGCGGUGGCCCUUCUACGCCUUGCUAAGUUUGGUGAUUGGGAUGGUGGCGUUCUCUUUCACCAAGUACAAGCAGUUGAAAAAGCAGCACCUGCUGUGAUUAUGUUUUGUCUCGAGGUUCUGGACGACGAAAGUAUUAGCGUCGUGCGGUUCGGCCGAGGGAUAUAGACCAACACCUCGUGGUGAAGGUUCUAUUGCCACAAGAAAAAUAGGGGCGUGGAAGGUGAAGAUGCGUUUGUCCGAGGACCGGCAGUUGAAAAGU